AUGGGUAUGCUGUUGCCGGACGAAACCUACGAGGCGAAAUCCACCGGUGUCCUGAUCGCGGACGUGGACGAAAUCGAGGCUGCCAAAGCGUUAGCGGCGCUCCGCAGGUGCGACGAGUUCCUCACGAGACACGGCAUCCGACCCGAGUUCUUCUGCAGGCAUCGAGAGCGUCUGGCUCUUCAGGCGUGGCUGCUGAAGAAGUCCAAUUUCUACUCUGAUGCUUCCUCAUCGAACGAAGCGGUGCACCUACAGCAACGCCUACGGAGCCUCAGCACGGAACUGGUGACCCUAAGGAACCGGCUGCACGUGAGCCAACCGGCAAAUGCAUCAGGACCGGCGAGCGGCACCUCCGGGCCCCUGUCAAAGAGCCCGGAAAAAAGCGGCGCGCCCUCCUCGCCCGCACCGGCGGUACCGCCGAGGACCACCCUGCCUCCCGGUGGCGGCGUAUCUCACGGGAUCGGUCAUCCCGCGGGUCACACGUUAACAGCUUCCGCAAUUGUUCAUCCGCACGUCAAUCACGCCGGCGCAAAUACUCUCGGUCACAACUCUACCACAACGAAUAAUUUAAUAUCUGACCUAGAUCCUUCGAAACGGCACAACGGAGUACCCGACGACGGCAUAGUAUCGUGCGUGACGGCAUUGGGAUGCCUCCGGUCGCCGCCGAUUUCCAGCAUCAUCGCCGACGUGAAAAACGCGAAGAGCAAUCAAGGCCAACACCGAUGUCUCCCGAAAGCCACCGUACCUUCUUCCGGCCCUGCGACCUCCACGGCCUUGGACGACCUCAUUCAUCUACCCGGACCUCUCACAGAAGACGCGGUGCUCAAGUGUCUUCAAGCUCGCUUCUGCGCCAAGCAGUACCACACGAACGUAGGUCCCAUACUGGUUUGCGUAAAUCCAUACACGGACGUCGGGAAUCCGUUGACCUUAACGAGCACCAGGACAGUGCCAUUGACACCCCAACUGAACAAGGUCGUUCAGGAAGCUGUGAGGCAGCAAUCGGAGACCGGGUAUCCGCAAGCAAUCAUCCUUUCCGGGACGAGCGGUUCCGGAAAAACGUACGCUUCAAUGCUGUUACUUAGGCAACUCUUCGACGUCGCCGGCGGCGGACCGGAAACGGACGCUUUCAAACAUCUAGCGGCAGCCUUCACGGUUCUCAGAUCCUUGGGCUCAGCGAAAACCGCCACGAACUCCGAGAGCUCAAGGAUAGGUCACUUCAUUGAAGUUCAAGUAACGGAUGGUGCUUUGUACAGAACGAAAAUUCAUUGUUACUUCCUAGAUCAAACGAGAGUGAUCAGACCGUUGUCGGAUGAAAAAAACUAUCACAUAUUUUAUCAGAUGUUAGCUGGAUUGUCCCAUGAUGAGCGAGUUAAACUGAAUCUGGAAGGAUACAAUCUCAAAAAUUUGAGGUAUCUUCAACACGGCGAUACACGGCAGGACGAAACUGAGGAUGCCAUUCGGUUUCAAGCUUGGAAAGCUUGUUUAGGCGUUCUUGGCAUUCCGUUUUUGGACGUCGUGAGGGUACUAGCGGCGGUACUCAUCCUCGGGAACGUCGGUUUCACAGACGGACCAGGCGUGGAAGUAGGAGUGAUUGGUGAGAACGAGUUAUCUUCCGUAGCUGCACUCCUGGGAGUUCCUCCGCCAGCUUUGUUACGAGGACUCACCUCGAGGACUCACAACGCGCGUGGCCAACUCGUUAAAUCCGUCUGCGACGCCAACAUGUCUAACAUGACCAGGGAUUCGCUGGCAAAAGCGCUCUAUUGCCGUACCGUGGCCACAAUAGUAAGACGAGCUAACAGCUUGAAGAGACUCGGCUCCACACUUGGCACUCUCUCGUCGGAUUCCAACGAAUCUGUUCAUAAUCAAGCGGAGGUUACUAGCCAACACGCCUCUACCAUUGGCAGUUCGGCAGGGGGAACAGGAUCUAGAAGCAUGACCGCAUUGAAUAACGCCGUGCGACAUGCCACGGACGGUUUCAUCGGCAUCCUGGACAUGUUCGGGUUCGAGGACCCUAAGCCGAGCCAGCUGGAGCACCUCUGCAUCAAUCUCUGCGCAGAGACGAUGCAGCACUUCUAUAACACUCACAUAUUCAAAAGCUCCAUCGAGAGUUGCCGUGACGAAGGUAUCCCGUGCGACGUCGAAGUUGACUACGUCGACAACGUGCCAUGCAUUGAUCUCAUUUCUUCUUUGCGCACCGGGUUGCUAAGUAUGUUAGAUGUGGAAGGUUCUAUACACGGAACUGCCGAAAGUUAUGUCGCCAAAGUAAAGGUGCAGCACAAGCAGAAUCCCCGGCUGUUCGAGCCAAGAACAGUCGACUGCAGAUCCUUCGGCAUUCAGCACUUCGCAGGAAGAGUCACUUACGACGCUUCGGACUUUCUAGACACAAACAAAGAUGUUGUCCCCGACGAUUUGGUGGCGGUCUUUUAUAAGCACGCUUGCAGUUUCGGUUUCGCUACACAUUUGUUUGGUAGUGAGCUGAAAGCAUUGUAUGCGAGUGACACUGUCCCGAGGGGCGUCAGUUUUCGAAUAUCGCCGACUUCUCAUACCGAUCUCACAAACGGGGACGUGCCGAUAUCGACGUUGACGCAGGAUUUUCAUACGAGAUUAGAUAAUCUCCUGAGGACUUUGGUCCAUGCUAGACCGCACUUUGUUAGAUGUAUCAGAAGCAAUGGCACUGAAACACCGAUGCAUCUUGACAGAGGAGUUACAAUGCGCCAGAUACGCUCGCUGCAGGUCCUGGAGACGGUGAAUCUCAUGGCAGGAGGAUACCCGCAUAGGAUGCGAUUUAAAGCCUUCAACGCGAGGUAUAGGCUAAUCGCGCCCUUCAAGCAGCUGCGCCGCGCUGAGGAACAGGCUGUCGAGGACACGAAAUUGAUUUUGCAGAACGCGCAGCAGCUGAAGAGUAAAUUCGGUGCCAGCACUAGCUGGGCCCUCGGCAAGCGUCACAUUUUCCUCAGCGAAGGUAUCAGGCAGCAGCUUGAGAACCUACGGGCGGAAACACGAAGGAAAGCCGCCAUAAUAAUUCAGGCUACGUGGAGGGGUUGGCGGGUACGGAGAGGGUGGCCUUUGAGGAGGACGACCCUAGGAGUGACUUCCGGCAUUGGCCAAAAGAAACCUCAACAACCAACUACCGGCACUACCGGAACCGUUCAGAGAAAUGUCGCUGCUGGCACGGUAACCGGAACUAGCACUCGUCCAAGACCGCAACCAAUCGCUGGCACACCUCCUCCCGACCCUUCGGAAAAAUGCGCAGACCAAAAAAUGAUCCAGCAGACCUGUUCUCUUUUCGGACUGGAUCUGGAGCGGCCGCCACCUGUUCCUCCUAGCAGGUCCUAUACCGUGACCGGAAACACAAAGCUUGGUUACCCACAGACCAGAAUUAUGAAAAUGCCUUUCCCAGAAGAAGGCGAAGGCGAGGUGGUCCUUUUGAAAGGAGAGACAGUUUUAGUUGUAGGUGCGUCACCCAGGCGAGGUCAUCUACUCGUCGAACACAAUAACGCUACAUUGCAUGUGCCGUAUCAAUUCAUGGAAUUGAAACCUUGUAACAUUAAUGUGUAA